CGGAAGUGGAAAAGUCCCACUUUGCUUUACAAACACGGAAAUACUCGAAAGUUGAAAAUGUCGCACAUAUCUUAAAUAUCUUAAUCGCUUGUAUUAAUGUAAAUGUUUAUAACAAUGUACUUUUCUGUACUCUUGUCGAAUACGUGAGUAAUAUAAUAUAUAUCUACGUGACGGAAGCUAUUUUGUUUUGACAGGACUUCAUUCGCAGAGCACAUUGUUUACAUGUUGCCUUAUUUGAACAACAACAAUGAACGGUGUCCCAGUCAAAUGAAGGUGACUCAUGCAGACGUCGCUGACCUGAGUACGAGCCUUCAAGCUACAACUGAAAGUACACAGCAGGCAAACUUUUCACUGGUAGAUGUAAAUCAAGGCUUGAGGAAGUGUGCAGAUCUCCCCAGAAUGAGGUCCACCGUCAGCCUUUACAUGUGCCACCUGUUGUGCACGGGCCUGGGUCUGGCCUGCGUUGUGUGUGUGACCUGCUGGAGCAGCCAGUGGCGUGGCGGGUUUGCCUGGGACGGAUCCUCUCUUCAGUUCAACUGGCACCCAGUCCUGAUGGUAACUGGCAUGCUGGUGCUGUAUGGCAAUGGGGCUGUGUUGUACCGUGUGCCCCUGACUUGGGGCCAGAACAAAAGUCCUUGGAAACUGCUGCAUGCUGGAGUGAUGCUCCUCGCCCUGGUUCUCUCAGUUAUUGGACUUUGUGCUGUUUUUGGCAAUCACAAUGCUUCAAACAUCCCCAACCUCUACUCCCUGCACAGCUGGAUUGGAAUCAUCACCACAGUUCUCUUCGCCAUGCAGUGGGCGACAGGUAUGGCUGGCUUCCUCCUGCCCUGCACUGCUCAAUCCCUGCGUAAACUCCUGAAACCCCAACAUGUGUGGUUGGGGGGCUCUUUAGUGUCACUCAGCAUUGCUGCCUGUAUCUCUGGGAUCAAUGAAAAACUCUUCUUUGUCCUGAAAGGAAACACCAAUGGAUCGCAGCCCUAUUCUCAACUUCCAUCUGAGGCCCUGUUAGGAAAUUCAUUAGGAGUGUUGAUUGUAGCGUUUGGAUUGGUUGUCCUAAAGAUUUUGUCCAGUCCAGGAUGGCAGAGACCGGAAAGUCCGCCUGCCGAUGUAUCAUAUUCGCCAUUGCAACAAGAAGAACAUCAAUGAGGGACAUACAGCAUUGUUCAUGCAGUUUGGUAAUCCUUUUAGAAUGAUUCUGUUCUGAAUGUACCAGCAGUUCUGUCUUUUUUUAAAUGUUUGAUUGUAUUUAACUUGCUCUUUUUUCACAAAGAAUAAAUCGUGUAUAUGUUUGAA